AUGGGUUUCCUCCGGAGGCCUACACUGCGCAGUCGCGACGAUCAGAGGACGCGCGCUGCUGAACUCACUUUGCGCGAGUCCAUUUAUCCCCUCUGCCUCGUCACCAUUCUUUUCUUCCUUUGGGGUUUCUCGUACGGUCUCAUUGAUACCCUGAACAAGCACUUCCAGGACGUCCUUGGUAUAACCCGCGCUCGCUCGUCCGGCUUGCAGGCAGCGUACUUCGGCGCAUACCCACUUGCUUCACUCGGACAUGCCAACUGGCUACUGCGCCACUGGGGUUACAAAGCAACCUUUAUCUGGGGACUGUGCCUGUAUGGUUUAGGUUCUCUGCUCGCGUGGCCAUGCCUCGUAUACCGUUCGUUUGGAGGCUUCUGCGUAGCUAUCUUCGUGAUCGGCAAUGGACUAGGCUCGCUAGAGACAGCAGCGAACCCCUACCUAGCUGUCUGUGGACCGCCUAAAUAUUCUGAAAUCAGGAUCAACAUCGCGCAAGCCUUCAACGGUAUUGGCACUGUGGUUGCACCGGUUCUUGGGUCCUAUGUCUUCUUCAACCACGUAGGAACCGAUCAAGCAUCCCUUGAAAACGUGCAAUGGACAUAUCUCGGUAUCGCAUGUUUCGUCUUUGCCCUCGCGAUCUUGUAUUACUUUACAGAGAUUCCCGAGAUCACUGAUGCCGACAUGGCUUUCCAGGCUGAGAGUACGCAUGCAGGUACUGACGUGAAGCCUUUCCGCAAGCAAUACCGCUUGUUCCAUGCGACCUUUGCUCAGUUCUGCUAUACUGGAGCGCAGGUGGCUAUAGCCGGAGCGUUCAUCAACUACGUGGUCGAGACACGAGUUACGUCCAGCGGCGAAACAGACAACUCGACAGCAGCACGUUUCCUUGCUGGUGCACAGGGCUGUUUCACCAUGGGCAGAUUCGUGGGUAGUGCCCUCAUGAAGUUUGUCAAACCGCGAUGGGUAUUCCUCGUCUUCAUGACCAUGUGCAUCAUCUUCAUUAUCCCAGCUAUUACCGAGCGAGGCAAUACUGGUAUGAGCAUGCUCUACAUUGUACUCUUCUUCGAAAGUAUCAUCUUCCCGACGAUCGUUGCGCUCGGCAUGCGCGGACUGGGCAAGUAUUCCAAGCGUGGCUCAGGUUUCAUCGUGGCUGGUGUCUCUGGUGGUGCUGUCGUACCUCCGUUGCUAUUUGGCGCGAGUGACACGCUCGGAAAGGCAAGGCCUUUUGAAGGAUAUUCGCCAACUGCCAUUGCGAUGACUGUUCCACUGGCGUUCUUCGUCGCAGCGUGGAGCUACUCUUUCUGCGUCAACUUCGUGCCGGCCUACCGUAAUGUGGCAGAUAAGUUCUCGACGGCUGAGAUCGGCAUCAGCAAUGCGCAUGCGAAUGAUCCGGAAAGCCAGAUGGAGCAGACGGAUGGUGGCGUACUUGGUAAGAACGAGUCGCCAGCACAUACCGAGGCGGUGGAUGUGGACAGGAAGACAUAG